AUGAUGAUUUGUUUCUCGGUCUACUCCAUUUUCUAUGCUACUGUUGAGACAUUAACAUUACCGGUGAUGCACAUUCAUGGCUCUGGAAUCUUGUUCUAUGUAAACAGUUUUCUAAAGAAUGAUUUGUUGUGGGGAGUGGUGAUUACUAUCGCUUACUGUGCAUGCUUUGCAUUCUGUAUCUCAACACUGGCCACUCAUUUUGUUUUCCGAUAUAUUGCGGUUUGUAGAAGCAAUAAACUCUACUACUUCGAUGGCUAUAAACUUUACUUAUGGUUCCUUCCUCCUCUCGUUAUGUUCAGUGUCUGGGCUACUACAAUUCAAUUUAUUUAUGUUCCCAAUCCAGAAACCCGAGACUUCUUUAGAAAUAUGACAAGAGAAGUGUAUGAGGAGAAUAUCGAUCAAAUUGCUUACGUCGGUCCAGUGUAUUAUACUUGGGAAAACGGAAAACGUCAGUUUCGACUUCCAGAUUUGCUUGGAUCACUAGUGAUUUGCAAUAUUAUUGGUCUUUCCUUCACCACUUGUAUCAUUUGUGCCUAUAAAACGUACAAAAAGCUCAAUGACUUCUCGACCCAAAUGAGCAAUCGAACACGUGCCCUCAACAAACAACUAUUCUGGACACUUGGACUGCAGACCCUUCUUCCCUGCUUCACUCAAUACAUGCCUGUUGGACUACUAUUCAUUCUCCCGUUAUUCGAGAUAGAAGUCGGAAAAGUUGGGAAUAUUGUUGGAGUCACCUGCUGUUUGUACCCUGCUAUGGACCCGUUGAUUGCAAUAUUUAUGAUUGAUCGAUUCCGGAAUUGUGUGUUCAGAAAGGACAAUCAAUCGAAAACUAGAAGUGGAAGGGUCACUGCACUAAAUUCAGAUAUGUAUUCUUCUAAUCAGUGA